AUGGGUUCUGCAGCCAGACAACCUCUCUUCUCCUUUGGUGUUAUCGCUGAUGUUCAAUAUGCUGAUAUUCCAGAUGGACGCUCCUUCUUAGGCGUUCCUAGAUAUUACAGAAACAGCAUCCUCGUCUUGCAAAAAGCUGUCGAAACCUGGAACAACCAUGGAAACCUCAAGUUUGUUAUCAACAUGGGAGACAUUGUUGAUGGCUUUUGUCCCAAAGACCAGUCCUUGUCCGCAACUAAGAAACUAGUCAACGAAUUCGAGAAAUUCAAUGGUCCUGUGUAUCACAUGAUCGGCAAUCACUGCCUCUACAAUCUCCCACGUGAAGAGUUGCUUCCGUUACUUAACAUCCCAGGUCGUGACGGCAAUGCUUAUUAUGAGUUCUCACCGACGCCUGAGUAUAGAGUUGUGGUGUUGGAUGGUUAUGACAUCAGUGCUGUUGGAUGGCCACAGGACCAUCCCAAGACGAUCGCUGCAUUGAAGAUCCUCGAAGAGAAGAAUCCAAACGCGGAGAAGAACAGCCCUGAGGGGCUUGUGGAUGUUGAGAGGAGAUUCGUGAAGUAUAACGGCGGUGUUGGGGAGGAGCAGCUGGUGUGGCUGGACAGUGUGCUUCAGGAUGCGACGGAAUCGAAACAGAGAGUUAUCGUGUGCGGGCAUGUGCCUAUGAGCCCUGGCGCGGCGUCAAAAGCAGCCUUGCUGUGGAAUUUCGAUGAAGUGAUGAGCGUUAUACACAAGUAUGACUGUGUUAGAGUUUGUUUGUCUGGACAUGAUCAUAAAGGAGGUUACUUUGUUGAUGCUCAUGGUGUUCACCAUAGGUCACUGGAAGCUGCCUUGGAAUGUCCUCCAGGUACGUAUUCGUUUGGAUAUAUUGAUGUGUAUGAGAACAAGUUGUCUCUUGUUGGUGUUGAUCGGAUGCAAAGCACUGAUUUUUGA